CCCCCAUCCCGGCACCAGUGCCGGUCGCUAGCAGCUGAUUGCAAAAAGGUUGUCUAGCGCCGCCGAUACGCGGUCUGGGCGGUUUGUAAACACAGUUCAAAACCCCCACACAACGUGCUGUCAGAGGAACAGCAUAAAAAACAACAAACAGCCGCGUGUGGCUCUGGAGCCUAUUGUUUGAAAUGUUACAACAGCAUGUACGGUCGUGGGCGGUUCGGUCUUGGAUUCGUGCCUCAUCACGCACCACAACGCCCCAGCGCUAUGGAUCCUACACGGCGACGCAGUCCACCGACCCGGCCUACGAACGUUGGAAGGACAAAAUUCUGUACAGCUCGUACCUGGAAAGCAACGUCCUGAAGCUAGGCUACAGGCGGAACAAGAUACUCGAGUCGAAGAUGAGGCAACAGGAGAAAGAGCGCCUAAGGACGGCGGCACGAGUCAGCCCCUUCCCGGUCGCAUUGAGGCAGCUGCAGGAGGGCGACCAGACAGGUACCGAUCUGCAAUCGACCGAUUGCGCCGCUGAGGAAAACACCCUCUCACCGUACCAGAUGCCUUACGAGCAGCGCGGAAUCCCGGUACGGCGUAGCACCGGAGAAGUAGUGGACGACCCCGAACCAACGCUGUCGACCGGUAGCUGGAUGUCGGACUACGAGUACUACGACGAGGCCGAGCAGGAGGGUGACGAACGGGUGUCGUUCUAUGGUACACCCGAUCCCCAUACGGCCGCCUCCCAAAUCCCGUGCGGUGGAUGCGGGGCCCUGCUGCACUGCAUCGACCCUAGCAUUCCCGGUUACCUGCCCAGUCAGCUGUUUAAGGAUAAAUCGAAGGAACAACUGACGCACACCAUCUGCCAGCGGUGCCACUUUCUGAAGCACUACAACGUCGCGAUUAACGUGUCGGUCUCGUCGGAGGAUUACAUCGAACUGCUGCUGUCGAUACGCAGCAAGAGAGCGUUGGCGCUGCUGCUGGUGGACCUGACCGAUUUCCCCUGUUCGAUCUGGCCCGGUAUGGCGGACAUACUGGGCCCGAACCGUCCGGUGAUCGUGGCCGGCAACAAGGUUGAUCUCAUCCCGCGCGAUUGCCCCGGCUACCUGGAGAACGUGCGCCAGUGUCUAACGCAGAGCAUGAUCGAGUCCGGGUUCGCACGCACCAACAUCAAGCACGUGGCCCUGAUAUCGGCCAGCACGGGCUACGGCAUCGAGGAGCUCAUCACGAAGCUGCACAACGUGUGGGGUACGCGCGGUGACGUUUAUCUCGUCGGUUGCACCAACGUGGGCAAGAGCACGCUCUUCAAUGCGCUGCUCCGGUCGGAUCUGUGCAAAGUGCAGGCGACCGAUCUGGUGCAGAAAGCCACGGCAAGCCCGUGGCCUGGCACAACCAUCCGCACCCUCAAGUUCCCCAUUUUGCGGCCGUCCGACUAUCGGCUGUACCUGCGCACGCAACGCUUGCAGCAGCAACGUCAGGCACUGCCCAAGCAAACCCGCUCAACCGGCGAACCACCGGCUUCGCUGAUCGGGCACAUUGGCAGUACCUUCCAGCGGCCAAGGGAAGAAUCGUUCGACAGCUUCUCCGUGACGCAGCGGAACGGUGCCAAUGUGCCGAUUCUCACGCUGAACGAGAAGAGCGAAACGUACGCCCAGAGCAAAUGGUGCUACGAUACGCCCGGUGUCGUGCAUCCGGCCCAGAUACUGGAUCUGCUCACGACGGAAGAGAUCCUGUUGGCCGUGGCGAAGCGAACGAUCAGCCCCCGGGCCUACCUGCUGCGGAAGGGUAUGACACUGUUGGUCGCUGGCCUUGGCCGGCUCGACUAUCUCGAUGGUCCCGAGUCGGUACGGGUGAUGGUGUACGCGGCCCCGACACUCCCCACCCUGAUCGCCUACACUGCCGAUGCUGGCGAGCUGUACAGUGAUCUCCUCGGUUCGCCACUGCUGGCCGUGCCGUUCGGGAGUGAGGAGCGGCUGAAACGAUGGCCAGCACUGCGUGCCUCGCCCGACAUACUGCUGCUCGGGACGGCCGGGAAGCACAUUGCCGCCGGUGAUAUCGUGCUGUCCUCGGCCGGGUGGGUUGCGGUGCACCUACCCACCCAAUCGGAGGCCACCUUUCGCGCCUGGACGCCUGACCGACGUGGGGUGUACACAAGGCAACCGUCGCUACUGCCGCACGGUCUGCUGCUGCGCGGCAAACGGAUACGCGGUUCGCUAAGCUAUCGCAGCAAAACGUAA